AUGGUUGACGACUCGGUAUCCCGUUGCACACGUGUAAAGGAUAAGAUCCGAAGCUCCGAUCUGCGCCAACGAUCAAAAAUCAAAGAUGCCGUUCUGAACGCCAAACAGUCGAAGGUGAGAUGGACCGGACACGUAAUGCCUAUGAGUGACAACCGAUGGACAGGCGCCGUUAGUGACUGGAUUCUUCGGGAUGUCAAACGUACUGCAGGAAGACCACCGACCCGAUGGUCAGAGUUCUUCACGAAGAGCCUAGAAGAAAGAUAUGAUGCUUGA